ACCUAAUUAAUCAAACAACCAAAUAAUAGUAAAUAUAAAAUAAAUUAUAAAAGUGUUCCAAAUCUAACCAAUAAACCUCAUGAUUGACCCAACGAUUGAAGCCUUGAAGCCACCUCCACCCCCUUUUUCUCCUUCUAUGUUAAGCAACUUUAAUUUUAUGCAUUUUUAUUUCACACUAUAUAUAAUUUUUAUGGUAUGUUACUUUUACUAACAUAAAAUUUUAAUACCAUGGAUUACAAGAAUAGUAAUGUUAACAAUGAUGAUUAUUAUGGUUCUGAUGACAUUAUAUCAAACAAUAUCAAAAACUACUGUUUGUUUAGUAGUACCUCCACCUCCCCUCCUUCCACCCCCUCGGCCACGGCUGCUGACGGAUCGACAGCAGCCGGGGCCAGCCUAUACCGAGCACGCCUCAUCCUCGAAAACCACCUCUAUGAUGAGCUCCUAAGUAGGUACCGGCUAGCGAUCACCCGUCUCAAGGAGCUCAGUAGGGAAGCCACUACCCUACAAGAGGAGAAUGAGUGGCUCAAGUUGACUAAUGAUGAUCUCACCCGCCGCCUCAACCGUGCCUUGUCGAUCUCGGGACAACCGUGUGUGGAUCCUGCUUCGGGUGGUUGGAGUAAUAAUAACAAUACUAGUAGUGGUGAUGAUAAUCAUCAAAAUAACAAUGUGUUUGGUGGUAGUACUAAUAGUCCUACUAGUACUGUGAUUGAUGAUUUGGAUGAAGAGGAUGAGAGGUUUACAUUGCCAAAGAGUAUAUCAGUUAGAUCACCGGGUUAUUUCAAGCUUGCGAAUUCGAAUUCGCCUUCUCCGGUGAAUCAGUCUCAAUAUCCAUCUCAACAUGCCAAUGGAACAAUAUUGAGGGUGAAAAAAGAAGAGAAAGCAGUAGAGAUGGAUGUGUUCAACCAAGGCAUGUACAAAACCGAGUUAUGCAACAAAUGGCAAGAAACAGGUACUUGCCCUUAUGGACCUCAAUGCCAAUUUGCCCAUGGGGUGGCAGAGCUCCGCCUUGUGAUUCGGCACCCGCGAUACAAGACUCAGGUCUGCCGUAUGGUCCUCUCCGGCGUCUCCUGCCCCUACGGUCACCGCUGCCAUUUCCGUCAUUCACUUUCCUAAACUCAUCACUUAUUAUUAUGUAUAUUUGUGUUAUAUGUUUAUACUCCGUAAUAAGUUCUGAAAUCAUCAAAUAAUCUUGUCUUUAUUUUUGAAGUUGAGUUAUUAGAAGAACGAAAAUUAAGUGUUAAAAUGUAGUCAUGGUUAAUGUUAUACUUGUUGCUUGU